AUGGUUAAAGACUUGUUUCUCCAAGCAGGCCUCAUCCUCGUCGUCGUUGUCGCCUUCCUCGCCAUCCACAACAUCCCCCAGAAGCUCCUAGCCAAUCUCCGCUUCCGCUUCCGCAACAAACCCAAAGCACAAGCCAAGCGCCACUUCGUUCUCGGCGCCCAGCUCCUCGCCCAAGCCCGAUCCGCCGCCUCUCCCUCCUCCGCUUCCUCACUCUCCAAGCAAGCCCUCGACGAAGCCGAAAAGGCCAUCUCCCUCGACCCCAAGGACGCCGCCGCCCACAUCCUCAAAGCCCUAGCCCUCGACUCUCAGGGCUACAAGACCUCCGCCCUCGACGCCAUCGACGUCGCUCUCUCCCCUUUCGCCGCCAAGAGCCUCACCGAGGAGGAGCGCGGCGAUGCGCUCGUCAAGAGGGCGGAGAUCAGGCUGUCGAUGAACCGACGAGGCCAGGUUGACUCGGUGAUCGCCGAUUUGACUCGGGCUGUGGAGCUGAGCCCGGAGAAUGUGAAGGCGUUUUGUACGCUCGGAGAGUGCUACGAGGGGAAGAAGAUGACGGAAGAGGCCAGGACGGCCUACGAGGCGGCGCUGAAGGUCCAGCCCAGAUUGAAAGUCGCGAGGGAUGCUCUCGACCGUCUCGGUUCGAGUUAG